AUGUCAGCACUCACAUCUGCAUACGAAAACUACAAAAGCGUACUCGCGUCAUCCGCUAUAAAAGAAGAUCAUUUAGUGAAAUCCCCAUUUUACCCUCCUCUUCAAGACCCUUCUCAGCUUCAUAAAAACAGUUCAUUUGUCCAAAUGAAUUUAGCAAGCACAAGUCAAUAUGGAACCAAUUCAGUUGCUGUUAAUCAAGAUUCAAUUAUUUCUAAAUCAAAAAAACGUAAAUUUCCUACUUAUGAGCUUCUCCCUUGGCAUAAAGAAGCAACACAAGGUUCUAGAAGACUUCAUGAUACAAGCAUUGCGGAAGUGGAAUGGGGAGAGGCUGGAAAUCGGGUACCUGAACAGAUGAAAGAAGGGGGUGAAAGUGAAACAUUAAAGAGAAGAAUUAUUUUAACAACACAACUUAUAUUAGCACUUGGUGAUGCAUGUAGUUUGGCAAAUCAUACUCAUGAUAUUUCUGACACGUCAGCAGGGAAAAAGGUUGUAUCCAAGGGUAGUGGUGAUCAGAAUCUUUCAAAGGUUGUGGAAGAUUUCAUUGAUAGAUCAAAAAAGAUAGAAGAUAUGCUUUUGAGGUUGGAGAAUGGAGGAUCAGUUCUUGAAAUAAGAAUGGAAUCCCAAGAUUUAGAGAGAUUUUCAGUCAUCAACCGAUUUGCCAAGUUUCACAGCCGGGCACAUAUGACGGCGGCAGCAGCUGACACAACCACCACCACCUCCGGUGGUGGUUCCGGUGUCCCUAAGCUAUAUCCUCAAAGAUAUGUGGCAGCUAGUCCGAUGCCUAGGGUAGUACCUGAAGGGCAUAAUUGUCUUUCACUAUGAUUGUUAAAUUUUACGAGUCUUGUUUUUUUAAUUUUAGGGUUAUUUGCUCAUUUGGUUGUCUAACUUAACUUUUGGUUCAUGUUUUUGAACCGAAAGCCAACUGAUGUCAAUUUUGAGAAAGUAUAUAUAUCUUUCUUUUGUACAUGUCAAUCAAACAAACAAUCAGUAUAAUCUAAUGCAUGUCAAACACAC